AGGAAAAAUGUAUGUAAAAGUAAAGAGACAAAAGAAAAUCUAUUUUAUUUUUUGUGAAUUGAGUGACAGUGUUUCGGUUAUCAAGACAGAAGUAUCCAAGCUAUCCGAUAUUCCUGUUGAAAACAUCGAACUGUGGAAGAAAAUAGAAACAACAACAACAACGCAAGAACAAGACUGGAAGGCGACGAGUCGAGGAGGCUUCCAUCGACUGGAAAAGUCAAUACAAGAAGAAGAAAUCGUUAACGGAGAAACUCUAUAUCUGACGUUUGGAACUGAUGAUUAUACGGACAUUGAAGUGACGCCUUUCGAACACUAGAUAAUACCGUAACUUGCCAUGGGUUAGGAAAAAGAAGAUAACUAGAAGUGACACUUGCCAAGUUAUCCAUAAAACAAAAAAAUAUUGGUUGACAGAACAAAAGAGUUUCAAGUCAUCUAUAAAAAAAAAGUUGACAAU